AUGCCUAGGAUUACUAUACUACUUCACUCACUGACCUGGGGCCUGGACGGUUUUGUUGUUUUCCCCCGGGAGGAUCCACGGUCAGUUCCACGAGGGCGCAGUUGCAGCCUCAAUCUUCAGCUGACGUGGGAUCCGGCAGUGAGGCACAGCAAGCCAGCGCCGAACAAGCAUAAACUCUGUGUGAAGCCUGCAAUUUUGCAAGUUCCUGUGAUAUUGGUAGCUUCGAGUGCCAGGGCUGGAGUCUUUGAGGGGAAGGCAGCAAAAGCAAAAUGCAACAAGCCACAGAAACGCAACAAUACAGUAGACGAGAAGAAGAAAGUUCUAGACGGUCGCGAAGAGAUGAAGUCAAACAACAUGCAGAAGACGGACAGAGCGAAAGAGUGUUGGGGGAGUAAUGAACAGCUGGUUAGUGGCAGAUCGGGAUUCGAGGAUGGAGGGCAGCACUCCGCAGGUUCGGAUGACCCGAAACAGCACGUCAAGCCCCAGAUUGCGGCUAUCACAGCCAUGAUUUACUGGCCGGGGGCAGGAGGUGUGACGGGCAUCAGGGUGGGAUGUUUGAUAACGGAAGCUUAUCUCUGGCGAGCGCCAUCGGAAAGCCCAAGCCAGCGCCAGACUGAGCAUCGGAAUGCUUCACGCGACAACUCUUUAUCAGCUGUCUUCGCCCUGAUAACUGAUCUAUUCACAGUCUCCCAGGUUGUUGAGCGCGGUACUGUGGCUUCAUCGUCACACCAGACUCCCAACGGCGUCUGCGGCCAACUCGGCAUCGCCAAAGAACUAACGCCUCAUCCAAGUCGCGCAGCCAGGUUGAAACGUAAUAGGAAUGCGCUUUUUGGCCGCUGCUUCCCUUGCUUCGAGCACGCGACCUAUACACUUCUGGACUGCGACUGGGAACCGAUGAGCUACCAUCACUUCUCACACUUCUCACUUUCGUUGUGGAAAUGA